CAUUUUCUUCAUAUUGCACUCAUCUUUUUAUCCCUUUUCGUAUAUACCCUAAAUAAACAGCCUCCUGAAAGAAAGUUUGUCUACCUCUGAUCUUAACCGAGUCUAUAGAGAGAGAGAGAGAGAGAGAGAGAGAGAGAGAGAGAGAGAGAGAGAGAGAGAGAGAGAGAGAGAGAGAGAUGGGCAGAGGUAAAGUUGAGUUGAAGAGGAUAGAGAAUAAAAGUAACAGGCAAGUGACUUUUUCCAAGAGAAGAAAUGGGCUGCUCAAGAAAGCUUUUGAGCUCUCAGUUCUCUGCGAUGCUGAGGUUGCCCUCAUUAUUUUCUCUGGCCGUGGCAAGCUCUAUGAAUUCUCAAGCAGUUUAAGCAUGAUGAAAACGCUUGAAAAGUACCAAAGAUGCAGUUAUAGUUCCGUGGACGCCAACCGACCAGCCAACGGGAGUCAGAACAGCUAUCAGGAGUAUUUGCAGCUGGAGACAAGAGUUGAGGUCCUCCAACAAUCUCAAAGAAACCUUCUUGGGGAAGAUUUGGCCACCCUGAACAAAAAGGAGCUUGAGGAGCUUGAGCAUCAACUGGAGACCUCCUUGAACAAAAUUAGGUCAACAAAGACUCAAUUUAUGCUUGAUCAGCUUUCUGAUCUUCAAAACAGGGAACAAAUGCUAGUUGAAGCUAACAAAGCCUUGAGGAGGAAGCUGGAAGAAACAAGUGAGCAAGCUCCACAAUUUAUGGCAUGGGAAGCUGCUGGCCAUGGCCACAACAAUAUUCAGCAAACUUGGCUUCCUUCCAACUCAGAAGCCUUCUUCCAUCCCUUGGGAGGAAACAACUCCACUUACCAAAUUGGAUGCACCCAUUUGGGUUCACAUAAUGGAAUGAAUGUUGGAAAUCCGGGCCAGCAUGAUAAUGGAUACAUUCCUGGGUGGAUGCUUUGACUUUGAUUCUGCCUAAUAAUAAUAUCCAUCGAGAUAUAUACGUGGAGAAUGAAAUUUGCAAGGGAUCAUGUUGAUCAAGCUUUUAUUUUAUUUUUUGUUGUGAUCUGUUAUUUCUCUGCAACUUGAAACAAUAAGAAUAUAUACAUGUUUUGUAAGUUGAAUUGACGUCACUGAAAAACUUCUAUGAAAUAUAUGAAACUUAUUUGCAUAAA